AUGCCGGUAGACGGUGCAAAGGGUUGCAUCAGAGCGUUCACCCAGUCGAAGCGGCAAUAUCCACAGCUGAAGGUCAUCCUCUCAAUCGGCGGUGGAGGGGCUGGCAGCGAGAACUUUGCAGCCGUUGCAGCGGAUCCAGUUUUGACAGCGAACUUCGUGGAGACCGCAAAGAAUCUGGUAGACAAGUUCAGCCUUGACGGACUAGAUGUUGACUGGGAGCAUCCAUCUGACCCCCAGCAGGGUAUAAAUUACAUAUCUCUUCUCGCUACUCUUCGAGAACAGCUGCCAUCGCCUCAAUACAUCCUCUCAUCCGCCCUGCCGGCCGGUCAGUGGGCCCUGCAACAUAUCAAUCUACACCUAGCGCAAUAUUACCUUGAUGUAAUAAAUGUCAUGACAUACGACUUCUCUGGCCCAUGGGUGCCGCAAUGCGGCCACCAAUCUCAGCUCUUCGCUCCCGAGCAACCCCAUAACGAUGCCGCUCAUCUCUCAUGCAGCUCUGCCGUUUCAUACUUGCUCGCCCAAGGUGUUCCGCCUCAUAAAAUCUUAAUGGGUAUACCGGUGUACGGUCGUGGUUUCCCAGGUACCAACAGUGUUGGGCAGUACUCAUGUCCCGCACCUGAUGGAUCCGACAAACCGGUAGAUGACGGCGCAGGUAACGAAAAAGAGAUAGUAUUUGACUACUGUGAUCUCCCCGUGUCAGGUUCGAUAGAGCAACAUGACCCUGAAGUUGGCAAUGCGGCGUUUUGCGUCGACAACGAGCAGAAUUCCGGGUUCAUCUCGUACGAUUCACCACAGAGUGUCAAGUUGAAGGCACAGUUUGUUAAGCAGACGGGUCUGGCGGGGCUGUUUUAUUGGCACAUUGCCGCAGACUCGACUACUGCAGCCAGAAGUCUGAUUGCUACAGGGUAUAAUACCAUGCAUGAUUUGUAG